CAACACGCAGGCGUUUGCAGCCGCAGUCCCGCUAAUGAUUUGCCUUGGACCGAGCUCCCUCUCUCUCUCUGGGGAACCUUGAAAUUCGACAUGGGGCCGCUCCUGGGUCUUCUAAAUGCGGACAGGCCGACUCAUUUGGCGUCGCGAGCAACUAGAACCAACCCUGACCUGUGCCCAAGACCAGACGAGGGGAGGAUCCCCCAGCCUCGGACGUAACGUACUAGACUGGCACCGAGCUAUGCGGCAAGGUAUGUCAUCAGCGGGCAGCACGCCAACAUCUAACCCGUCAGCAGCGACCCUGUCUUGCAUCCCAAAGCCUCCUUACUCGGUCGCCUUCUCCCCAGCCGCCUUCAUCAUCAAUUGAGAGGGCCACCACCACCGGCCUCUUUAGCAGGCCGCAUUGUUUCGAGGGACGAACGAUUACUCUGGUCUCCUGUUUCACCCACCAGACAGCCCUCUGAGCGUUUCAUCCACCCGUACACCUGUACAGACUCACCAGCUUUUAUCUCUCACUGCGCAGGGCAGCCUGCCUGGACGGAGCCGUCCCUCUGCCGAUCGUGGCUCUCUUAACCGCCUGCUAGGAACCACAUACACAGUAGACCACCCCACCUACCUCCUCCGUUGCAUCCGCCCCUCCCGUCGCCAACGACCUCGAUAGAACCCACACACUGGAGGCUGUCAAGAUGGCUCCACGAAAGCCCUCCUCGAAAUCAGUCCGGUCGCAUCGGUCGACGCUGUCGCUGCAAAAGACCGAGAUCGUCAUUCAUGUCUACGACCUACUGCCUCCGGGCAGGUUCUCCUCAUUCCUCUGGGCCAUAGGAACAUCACUCUUACACAGCGGUGUCGUUAUCAACGGCAGAGAAUAUGCAUACGGCGGGCAUGAUAAGAGAGGCGUCACCGGUGUUUAUUGGACAAAGCCCAAGACCUUACCUCCAGGAGGUACCUUCAAGCACGAGAUCCUCCAGGGCUUCACGUUGUCGCCCCAGAACGAAAUCGAUGCGAUUAUACAUGAAGUUUCACAAGAAUUCCAGGGCACGUCGUAUAACCUCCUCACCAAGAACUGCAACCACUUUACGGCACACCUCUGCCAGAGGUUAACAGGGAGGCCUGGCCCCGGAUGGCUGAACAGAGCCGCGAGCAUCGGGGUCGCACUCCCGUGCAUAGUACCAAGGGACUGGAUCGAGCCCCCGGAAUACGACACUGCCGACGGCGAAUUGCUUGACGAGAAUUCGGAUGAGAGGUCUAGGAUGCUGCGGACGUCCAGCGAGCGACCGAGGCUUGUCGAUCUUCGAGGUAAGGACAACGACGCCGCAGCCUUGAAUCUUGAUGAAGGAAGUUCUGAGGAUGAGAAUCGCGAUGAAGAGAGGAGGAGCCGCCAGAAGAACAAGCAGCAGUUGCAUCAACAGCAACGGCGGUAGGAUGGUGAUUGCGUAAGUCAUUGGGCUUCUCUUCUGGCGACUGUUGUGGAGCUGGAUUCAGUGGUGUUAUCUCUUGGACAAGCCGACCAAAUCCUGCCUUGCAUCCGCCAUCAACCUUGCCUGCGAGCAUCGGCCCCCGGAUAGCGAUCUCUUACCUGCUCGGUGCUACCUAGGUGCCCAUGGAUCUCUAUCGAGCUCUGCUAUCUAGCCGCCUCACUCCAAGCCAAAGCUUGCGGCUUGUUGCCGUAUGACGCUGCGCUGCCGGGGAAGGGCCUGAGCUUGCACGCCAUCGACAGAAGGUAUCGGGCCAAGCAACCGCCCGACAAACCAUGGCUCGUCGCUGGGCUUGGGCCGCCGAGCUUUUGUGCCAUCGAAAGCCAAUGCUCCUCAACAUAAUCCAGUCGGAGAUCUUCUCAUUCAGCCGUCACUCGCUUGCCCGACGACUUCUAUCGCAGUGCGUUGGAUCUUGUCGUUUCUUUUGUUGUGUUAUUGGAAGCUCGGAACAGCACAUGGUCAUUACAUCGGAGUUUAUAGGUAGGGUCGGUCCCGGGUCAUUCAUGGUCGUCAAGGUUUGUCGGAGUUCUGGAGUACGGAAGAGGCCAUUUAUCUCGACAUCGACCGAGUUGAUGAUUCUGGGGGGGACUCGCGUUUCAAUGCAUAGCUUGCCUUUAGUCAUUUGGGAGACCCAAGGCCAUCAAUUCAAAACCCAGCGAAUUUCUGAUCUUAUCUUCCCUGCCUAUUUCUGAUGUGGUGUCCGGUGCAGUCGAGACCGCCAUGUCUUGCCGAGUUCUUGCCUACUAGCCGAAAGGAACACGGUUAUUUGCAUCAAGCCUUCAUCCCGCCUGAUACCAUUCAUUAUUCGCUGUGGUGAUGGCGGUCCUGGAACAAAUCCCCGCCUGACCCCUCAACAAAUUAUCAUCAAGGAGACGUAGAGAGCUAUGCCUUCAGAUCCCUCAUAAAUCCUUCCUUGACCGCGUGGGCCUCGAGCGUAAACAACAACUCCGUCGGAUGCCUCGUUCGUUGGACUUGGAGUGCCGUACACAAGCAAGGGCAACAUGGAUACUACUGACGAGGCCGUAACCAGAGUCCAAGAGAGCCCGCUGCUACCUGUUGAGUAUGUUUUGAAUCUGCAGUUAGGUGAGUGUCCAGGUGAUGUGGUGUGAUAGUUUGCUGCUUCAAUGCCCUGCUUUGCUUGGUCCUGUCGAACUGGACGGUUGGAUCCCGCGAUACCACGGUGCAGUGACACAGACACAGUGACUCGAAUUUCCGGCCAAUAUGUCAUGGUCCUCACCCGUAUGGAGAGGACAAGUCUGUAUCGCGUGGAAAGCUGCUGAGCGUCCACCACCAGGGGGAUGGUCAACCUCGAACCAGGACCACCCUUGGACGUUGCAGUCCAGAUGGAGGCCCCUGGGCUAAGAUCGAACAAAGCGGCGAUACGGCAUCUGGGCACCUAGCCAAAUACGACCGCGGGUUCAUGACCAUGGGAUUAUCUUGUCGAAAUUGAGUUUGGUCCCGGAGCGAUGGUUGCGCUGUGUGCAGAGCAGAAGGGGACCGGAUAACAUGUGAUAAAGAACAUGUCCCCUCCCGCGAUCU